AACCAUCACACGGUGAGAGAUGGAUGAGGAAGAUAAUGGAAAGGGGUAUGCGUGGGAAGGCUCGUUUGAGCGAUCGUGGGAUGGCAUUGAAGAAGACGAGAGUGGUGCUUUGAAAGUUCAAGCACUAGUGACGUCCUCAGGGGACAAGGCACGCCUGCGACGACAGCAAAUGCUGCAGCGUGUACGCAAAGGACUCAUUCGAUACGUUUACGUUGUCGUGGACUUGUCCAAGGGAAUGAGCCAGAAGGACUGGAAACCGCAUCGGUGUGCCGUCGUCACGGAAGAAGUCCAGCGUUUCAUCGCCGACUACUUCGAUCAGAAUCCCAUUUCCCAGUUGGGACUGAUUGGAAUCAAAAGUGCCAUUGCUGUGAAACUAAGCGACUUGUCCGGGAACCCGACGCAUCACAUCGACGUCCUAAAGAGUACUCUGACCGUCCACGGCGAACCCAGUUUGCAAAACGCCCUGGAAAUGGCUCGCAAUGCAUUGAAGAUUGUGCCUUCGUACGGGUCGAAGGAAAUCAUCGUGACGUACGGCAGCUUGACGACGACCGACCCCGGGGACAUCUUUGCCACCCUGGCCGCGCUAAAACGGGACUCGAUUCGGUGUUCGUUCGUUGGCAUUGGCGCCGAAAUGCACUUGCUCAAGCGAAUCGCCAAGGAAACCCAUGGAACGUACUCGGUCGCGAUGGACGCGCCGCAUUUCAGAGACCUCUUGGCUGCUUUCACCACACCAUGUCCGAGUUUGGCGUCGUCAGUGGCAAAAUUUGCAACGCUCGUCGAGAUGGGAUUUCCUCAAAAGCGCAGUGGGGUGCUGUCCUUGUGCGUGUGCCAUCAAACGUUUACAACGUUGGGCUAUCUCUGCCCACGAUGUAAAUCAAAGAGCUGCGAAUUGCCCACCGUCUGCGUUGUGUGCAGUUUGCCCUUGGUGUCGUCGCCGCAUUUGGCUCGGUCAUACCACCAUUUAUUCCCGAUCGUGAAUUUCGACAAGGCCACGACUGCAACCAAGUGCUUUUCGUGCCUUUUUCCACUAGCCACGUCGUCGUACGUGUGCCCCACGUGCCACCACUCGUUUUGCAGCGACUGCGACAUGUACAUUCACGAUUCGCUGCACAAUUGUCCUGGCUGCAAGUAAAAAAAGGACCAGCGCCGCUCGUUUUUCCAUCAUCCACACCAAUUCCUCUCGACAAAUUCAUACCCCAACACGUUUGUUAUCGCCGAUUGCUCUGCUCCCCUUGCGCUCUCAACAUGUCG